AUGGCGGCUAGUACUACGACUACUCCCGCAUUGGAUCCGCUCUUGGUCAUUGAUGAAACGGAAGACCAAGCAAACACCGAAGGGGAAAAGAAAGAAAAGCGAAAGAAGGGACCCACCUAUCAAGAUCAUGAGGAUGCUCAGCUAAGCUCCUCCUGGGUUGAGGUCUCCGAGGAUCCAAGUGUUGGGACCGAUCAAGCCGGCAGUCGAUUCUGGGAUCGCAUAUCUAAAUGCUACCACGACGCAAUUCCUCAGCCGCCUCGACCGAUUGGUAGUCUCAAGGGUCGCUGGCAACUUAUCUCUCAUGGGGUCAGCAAAUUCGCCGGUUGCGUCAAACACAUUGAUCAGUUGAAUCCCAGCGGUGCCACUUCCGAGGAUCGAUUGACGAAGGCUCUUGCUCUUUUUUCCGAGCUUCAAGGAAAGACGUUUGGCUUCCUUCAGUGCUACAAUAUCCUCACCUCUUCUCCAAAAUGGUCCGAUUAUUUUCAAGAUAUGAACACAAAGACCGCCGAAGGCCCCAAGAAGAAGAAAAAGCGAGCAAGAAGCCCAAGCAGUGAAGCACCCCCCUUGACCUCUGAACAAGCUUCAGACACCGAGACUCCGAGUGAAACUCCCGAUCGACCCGAGCCAGAACGACCAGGGGGGAAAAAAAGGGCAAAAGCGAUUCUGAGGGACGCAGCUACGGAGGCACGCAUAAUGAAGGACAUGGCAACCGCGCAAGCCGAGAUCGCAAGUCAAUCCAAGCGCCAGAACGACAUAUAUCAAAGCCAGACUCAAACGAUGCAGAACAUGGCCGAUGCAGCCAUCAUGAAUAAAGACAUCAGCGGACUCGAUGAGGUGACUCAGGAGUUCUACCGACUUCAAAGAGAGCAGAUCAUGCUCAAGCUCCGCGAACGAUCAAGAGCUGAAGCCGAACAAGCUAGAGUAGCAUCAACUCAAGCGAGCUGCAGCACUCCGACUCAAGCAACAACCUCCUCUAGCAACACUCAAGCGACCACCUCCUCGACCAACAUCUCUAAUAGUACUCAAGCAACAACUGUUGCUACCGAUCCUCAACCCACAACCACCUCAAUCGAUAUACCUCAGUGCUCGAUCUGA